UGAGAGUCUGAUAAACUUUCCCAAUUGUUUAACUCCUUUGUACAUAAAACUUUUAGUAAAUAUUUUGUGUGCAUAGCGACCUCUGGUGGAGAGUUUAAACAGACGUGCACCUUCUCAGAUGCUGCGUCAUCAUUUGAGCGAUCUAAAUUCAUACGGACGACCAAAUAUAGCCCAUGUUGUCCUGUGGGGUUGUUUAAAAGUUCCUUGUUAAACUGUUUGGUUAUAUUUAUUGCACCAUCAUUAAUAAUAUCCAUCUAGUUUAAUAGAUACAUGCAUACCGCAGUUUUUUAUUAAGAAAUGCAAGGGUUGCCCAGUUAUUUUAAUAACGGGAAAAUCAUAGGACGAGACAUUUAGGAUUCAUUUAGCAAGGAUAGCAAAAGGAGAGCUGUUUGUGCACUGUUUCUUGUGCUGCAUUUAUCGCUCGACUGCGGCGGAGCUGCGGCUUCAUCAGCAUCUCCAUCGACUCGCGUCCUUAAGCAGGACCAGCGUGCCUUUACUUGCAGACGAGGAAACAGCCCGAAUUUUCUCGAAGUUGUUCAGAGGCAGACAUUUAUUUUGGACCCUGCUAAGAAGAGGCAAUGAAGUCUUGUCCGUCACUGGCAACUUGUUUUGUGUUGUCAGCUUAUCUGUCAUGUAUGGUGGGUGUAGUCAGCGCAACAAACCCUUACCUAAAACCUGGCUUUUUGGAUUUUAACUCCUGGUUUUGGAACACCCCUCGAGGGCCACAGAUGUUCUCCUGCCUUACAUACAUUGAGAAAAACCUCCAGGUUGACUGUGAAUUCCCUGAGACCCACAAGAUCCCAGGCCCAUUCUGCGAGUUCAGACAGGAUGGGCGACUCAUGGGAUCCACCUACCCAAAUACUCCAGUUCAAUUGAUUCCUCAUAUUGAGGUCAGACGCCGUGCUAAUGUCUCCCUGGUGUCGCCGAACAUUUGUCGCCUCACCUGGAUGCCAAUGUCAGAUGACCGCGCGUACACUUACACGUGCAGGGUGUACCAGGGCAGCACCUGGAAGGAGAACAGCAUGGCAUUCCACCAAAGAAAUGUUCUGGUGUGCUCUGCAUUGAGCGUAUUCUUCCACACUGGACCGUGGAUGUUUGCAGUUAUGAUAUCACUUCCCAUCUCUCUCGGGCUUCUGUCUGUUUGACUUCACUUCAUCAAGCAGGCCAAAAGUCAAAGUCAUUAUCACAUUUAACCACUUUUGGUAUUUUAACUUCCGUGACUUUUUUGUUUGUUUUACAACCCCACUUAAAAUGUAUAUGGUGAUCGCCAUCGUUACUGUAUCAAUAUUCACUGUGAAAUGGAAUGCAUCUGGCCCAAGCAAGUAUACACUUUUAAAACAAUGAUCACAAACUAAGAUGUUGUAUAAAUUUUUACAUUGCCAUUCAAAACCUUGGGGUCAGUAUGGUUAUUUGUUUAACAGAAAUAAAUUAAUAAUUUACUCAGCAAAUUCAGCAAGGAUGACAUGUUUAAAGAUAAGAUCUAUAUAUAUAUA